UCUAUUACCCGUAUGUGAAAACAUGGCGCUAAAAUAUUGCCCAUCUUAGUAAACUUCCCAAGUGAUCAACUUGGCCCUGUAUCGAUGUGCGGCGCUAUUAAUUUGCGGCACUGCAGCGCGCCAUCAUGGCGUUUAGCCACGAAAGCGAAACGCAGCAGGGAGGGCGACUCGAGCUAAUCAAUGAGAUCGAAGGGGAGUCUACAUCAUCGAGUUACAACUCUGACUACUCCGUCGACCUGGAGCCGGAAUGGCUGGACAACGUCCAGAAGAACGGCGAGCUCUUCUACCUGGAGCUCAGCGAGGGGGAGGAGGAGGUCGCGCUGGCCCGCGCCCACGGCAACUGCGGCCUGUCCACCAAUCACGUGCGUUUCAGCGACAAGGAGGCGGAGGUCAUCACGGAGGCGGACCGGAAGCAGCGCUCUGAUUCGCCGACGAAGGCGGAGCCUAAGCUGAAGAAGCUGGCCAGGCUCCUGCGGAGGAAACGAUCCUCGAAGCGCAGAGGGCGGGAAAACGAGGCCAAAGACGGCGGCUCCCUCCCGGCCUCCAUCUUGAAGACCCAGGCUGCGGCUCAGAGACAGGGGAGGGCUGUGCGGCAGGUGAAGGAGGUGUGCGUCUACGUCAACCCAAAGCGCCUCGCCCCCCUCCCCGAUGGGGGAGGAGGCCUGCUGGCGUCCCUGCUGGGGCUGGUGCAUCGCCCCUGCUCCGGCAGAGGCCCGGGUAACCCCGCGGCGGCAGGGGAAGGGGAAACGCUGACCGUACAUGGGCUGGUUCCCAACAGCCCCGCCAUCAGAGGAGGCCAGAUAUUAAUAGGGGACGUGCUCGUGGCGGUGGACGACGUGGAGGUGACCACGGAGAGCAUCGAGAGAGUCCUGUCCUGUAUCCCCGGACCCACACAGGUGAUGCUGACCCUGGAGACGUCGGCCCCAGCCGAGGGGCCUCCGACGGCGGAGGAGACGGUGGCCCCCCCCCAGCCCCGAGUCAAGGCGCCCCCCCCCGUCAGCCAGCUGGUGCGCCUGCUGUGGGGGGAGGACACGGCGGAGCUCCAGAUGGCCCUGGGCCACGUCCCCCACGUGGCCAUGUACCUGUCCCUCCAGCUGGACUCAGAGACCCUGCAGGAGGAGCAGGAGAUCCUGUACCAGUACCCGGUGUCGGAUGCCUCCAGCCAGCUGAAGGGGGUGCGGGGGGUCUUCCUCACUCUGUGUGACAUGCUGGAGAACGUCACCGGGGGCCACAUCGUCAGUUCAUCUCUGCUGCUGGGGAGGCACCUGGUGCACGUGGGCUACUGGAAGGAAGGCAGCCGACUGCUGGUCCUGGGAAUACCUGCCGAGAGCGUGCCCCUGCUCUACCUGCAGACCGUGCUGGGCGGCGUGGUGCGGACCCUCCAGGUGAUGUACGGCUCCUUGGACAGUGCGUUCUGCCGUGCGGACCACGGCCCCCGUCUGGACCACUUCUUCUGCCUGUUCUUCCAGCAGCUCCUCCGGCCGUCCCGUCUGACAGCCGGCGGCCCCGGGGCCCCCCAGACCCCCGAUGCCCCGGGGAGCCUCUUCCUGGAGGGGCUCCCCGCGGUGCGAUGGCUCAGCCUGCCCCCGGAGAUCAAGAUGGAGGUGGACACUGUCCUCUCGGACUUUGAGUCGUCUGACUUUGGAGAGCUGUCAGAGGACUUCUUUGGCUUGAGGCGCCUCUACAUGAUUCUUGGUUCCUGUCUGUUCUACAAGGGCUACCUCAUCGCCAACCACCUGCCUCGGGAGGACCUGCUGGACGUGUGUCUGUACUGCCAGCACUACGGCCUGCUGCCGCUGGCGUCGGAGCAGCGUGUGGGCCAGCUGGUGGUGUGGCGGGAGGUGUUCCCGCUGCACCGCGGCCAGCAGAGGGCGCCGGGCGCCGCCGGCCCCUCCUCCGCCGCCGAGGCCCGCCACGCCCCACCCCGCGCACGCCACUUCCUGCUCAUCGUGGGGCUGAGGCACCUGAUGCAGUGUGUGUUGAUGGAGGCCGGUGGGGCCGCCUCCCCUGCCCUGGGCUCCCCGGGGCCCGACUGCAUUUACAUAGACCAGGUGAAGGCCACCCUCCUGCAGCUGGAGGGGCUGGAGGGGGGCAUGGAGGACCGGCUCAGCGCCCCCACUGCUCCCUGCCUCUCCUGCGCCGACUGGUUCCUCCCCGGCGCUGCCUCGGCCCGCGAUCGCUCCGGUGCCGCCCCCUCCUCCUCCUCCUCCUCCUCCUCGCCGGUCCUCAGCAAGCUGGCCGGGGCCAUGAGGGGGCCCUCCUUGGCGGGGGGCCGCGGCCUCUUUGGGGACAGGGCCAGGCAACCCAGCCCCAGGAGGAACCCGUCGGACAGCGGGAACGAUGGGCCCCAGCAGGACCCGGGGCCCCGCCGCGACUCGCUGGGGUCCGGGGGGUCCGACGGCAGCGGGAGUCUCUUCAAGGUCCCCAGGAUGAAGAACCCCAACCCGUUCUACCUGGGCACCCUGAAGAAGACCCUCACCGAGAGGGAGACGGAGGACAUGUUCAACUCCAUCAAGCUGACCUCCGGGGUGGAGAACACCCUGUUCCACUACGUCCUGAUGGAGUCGGUGCAGGGCAUCUUCAUCGCCCCCACCCACCGCCAGGUGGCGCAGCUCAGCGGCUCCAUCCACCCCCAACUCAUCCGCAACUUCCACCACUGCUGCCUCUCCAUACGGGCCGCCUUCCAGCAGAGCCUGCCCCCCCAGGGGCCGAGGGGGGCUGCAGAGAGGGCGCGCGGGCCCCUGGGCCUGGGUCCCGUGAAGGAGCACGGGGUGUUGUUCCAGUGCAAGCCCCAGAACUGGACGGACCAGAAGAAGCCCGCCCCCACCAUGACCUACUGGGUCAUAGGGCGGAUGCUGCUGGAACCGGUUCCUCAGGAGUUCUACGUGUGUUUCCAUGACUCGGUUCCUGAGGUUCCCGUGGAGCUGGCCUUCAGGCUGUCCUUUGGCCUGGCUCUGUGAGGCCGUCUGCCAGCAGGGCGCUUCAUGCACAGACUCCCACACUCAGGAUUCAAAACAAGAGCUUCUGGGGUCAUGCGGCCGGACGGAAACACAAGAUGCACACACAACAAGGAGGUGUGCGCGUUUUUAUCCUUCUGCUCCUGCUGCCUUUCAAGGAACUGUUGCUUCUUCAAACAAAUACCUCAGAAACCAAGGUGUUCAUUUUAAUAAAGAAAGUCUUGAAAGGAGAAGUGGCCUGUACAGGCACUACUGACUAGUGCCAUCAGUAAUUGACCGAAAAAAAGUAUCCAUGAAUUGUCUCAGAAAACAAUUUGUUAUUUAAGAUGUACAGUAUUUGUUUUUGUAGGGUAAUCGCACUUUAUAACAAUGUACAUUUCUCAGAGAAUUAAAGUAAGUGAUUCCUUUUGCUUUGUAAGCCUGUGUCACGAUCAUAAUUACAAUUACAUCGGUUAUAAUUAAAAUAAUAAAAAAAAAGUUAACAGGGGAAGAGGUUUAAAAAUAAAACCGCAGGCAGCGUCUUUCGAUAUAUAAAUGUUCCGGUAAUUCAGUUAAAUUCACUCACUGAUUUCGUUAUAACAAAAUAAUGCCACCAAUGGGGGGGGGGGGGAAACCUGAUCGGACACAG